AUGAGUAGCACUGUAAACAACAGUAGUAGUAGCAGCAGUGGUGGUAGUGGUGGUGGUGGUGGUAGCGGUGGUGGUGGUGGGCCUUGUGGUGCAUGCAAAUUCCUGCGGCGUAAGUGCUUGGCAGGUUGUAUAUUUGCUCCAUACUUUGACUCUGAACAAGGAGCGGCUCACUUUGCAGCAGUGCAUAAGGUGUUUGGUGCAAGCAACGUUUCUAAGCUUCUCCAGCAGAUUCCUCUUCAUAAACGCCUUGAUGCAGUCGUCACCAUUUGUUAUGAAGCUCAGGCUCGUCUCCAUGAUCCUAUCUAUGGUUGCGUCGCUCAAAUCUUCGCUCUCCAACAACAGGUGGUGAACUUGCAGGCAGAGCUAUCAUACUUGCAAGCUCACCUGGCAACCUUGGAGCUUCCAGCUCCAACGCUGCCUCUACCUCCGUCACCAACGAUGUUACUGAAUUCACCCUCACUUUCGAUUGCGGAUCUUGCCUCAGCUUCAAGCAUGCAAGCAGCAUCGAACUUCGAUCUAUCGAUGCUUUUUGAUCCUCAAGUGAAAAUGGAAUACCGACAAUACAGUGGUUGCUCCACCGCCGCUACUGCCACAGGAGGAAGUGGUGGUGGUGGUGGUAGUGGUGAUCUUCAUGCAUUGGCAAGGGAGCUUCUUUUCAGACAUGGAUCCUCGGUGGGUUCAUCACAUUCAAUGGAACCAUCAUCUGUAGUAACAACUACACUGCCACCACCACCACCACCACCGCCGCCGCCACCGCCUCUCUAUAGAUAA